AUGACGAUCCGUGUGUCUGUGGGUUUGCUCAGCGGCGAGAAGCUGGACCUCGAGGUCGACCCGCAAGAGGCCGUGAGGGUCUUGCAGCUGCAAGCAGGGACAGCUCUGGGAGGACGUCUACAGGCGUUGGUGACACCGGAGGGCAAGGUCCUCCCACCGCACAGCAAGGUGUAUGAGUCCCUUCGAGAUGGUGACACCGUCAUGACGAUCCUGAGCCGUGUGCCCCGGCUUCACGCUGGGUGUGCGGCCUUUGCCGUAGUUUCCCAGUAUGGGGAGGUCUUGGCCUGGGGCCACCCCCAGCGGGGCGGAGAUUGCUCCGCUAUCCAAGACGAUCUCGUGGGCAUCUUGCAGCUGAGCACGCACUCGUUCGCGUUUGCAGCUCUUCGAAGAGACGGCUCCGUCAUAACAUGGGGCAAUGCAGGAAGGGGUGGCGAUAGCAGCCCCGUCAAGGGAGAUCUCCAUAGUGUGGACCACAUCUGCGCCUCUGCGCAUGCCUUUGCUGCCGUGCGUCAAGAUGGCACGGUCAUCACAUGGGGCCAUCCCCAGAUGGGUGGUGACUCGAGCUCGGUGCGUGAGCAGCUUGUCGGGGUCAAGGAAGUCUGGGCAAACUCUCAUGCAUUUGCAGCUCUGCGACGUGAUGGGCGAGUCGUCACAUGGGGUCACCCUGAGCAUGGUGGUGACAGCAGCGCACGGGCCUGUGAGCUGGAGCGCAACGUGGUAACACGGCUCCACUCCAACCAGUUCGCCUUCGUGGCGGAGACUCUGGAGGGCCAACUCUUGGCCUGGGGUUGUCCGCAUCGUGGGGGAGAUGUCAGUUCCAUAGCAUCUUCCGCAGCUGGGCUCCUUCCAGCUCAGGAAAUUUCCUCCAGUGCCAGUGCGUUUGCGGCACGGCUUCGAGAUGGAAGUGUUGUGACCUGGGGAGAUCCGGCCUUUGGAGGCGACAGCUCAUCGGUGCGGGAAUCCCUGACUCGCGUCAGGAGGAUCUACAGCUCACGUCGCGCGCUGGCAUUUGCAGCUGUCCGCGAUGAUGGCUCUGUUGUUACCUGGGGCCACCCAGACAUGGGUGGCAACAGCACCGACGUCCAGCACGACCUGACCGACGUGCUGUCCAUCGAAGUGUAUUCCUUUGCCUGGGCAGCUCUCCGUAGGGAUGGAAGGGUUGUGACGUGGGGAGAGCCGCAAAAGGGUGGAGACAGCAGCAUGGUGCAAGACCAGCUGCGAGAUGUCGAGCAGGUGUGUGCGAAUGCAUAUGCCUUCGCUGCAGUCAGACGCGAUGGCACAGUGGUGACAUGGGGCCAAGCAAUGCGCGGUGGUGACAGCAGCCAUGUCCAGCAUCAGCUCACCGACGUGGAAUUUGUCUACGCCACUGCUGCAGCUUUCGCAGCGGCACGUGCAGAUGGCUCGGUGGUCACCUGGGGUGACGCGUCGCGGGGUGGUGAGGGCUGCCCAGCCGAACUGAGACGACGAGCGACGGCUGGCGGAAUGUCUUUCUACCCGGAUCCUCGCCAGCGUCUGCCAGUGUGA